GCGGGGUCCGGCUAGACUUUCCACAGAGUUCGUCUGCGCCAUGGCCGGAGCGGUUGCAAAACUCUUCGUCGACGGUGUCCAAGUGCAGGUGUGCGGUCCAAAGGGAGAUUAGUGCGCUUUUCAUGGGCGUUUCGCGUACUUUUCAUGUAAAUUUUCGCGGAAAUCAUUGCGAUCGUGGAAACCAUCUCGGUGGGUGUGCGCAUGUGCGGUGUCAACAGUCUGCAAACCAGGCGAGACGACUAUUGCGAUUGCCAGACCAGACAUCAGUUUAGGUGAACGUCUGCGGCGGGCGGUUGUGGUUACGUAAGUCGAUGACAUUCGGAUGACGUGCGGCGGCGGCUGUGUAACGCCAUGGAAGUGACGCCGCAUUUGAAGAACGUGCUGAAGAACUACCAGCACAGCGCCACCAAGAGUCUGCAAGGGCCGGGGCUGGCGCUCAAGGGCGAGCCUUCGCCGGAGAUUAAGGAGGAGGAGUUCGUGCCGGCGCCGUUCCCGGUGCAGCAGCUGCCGAUCCUCACCACCCCGGAUACGUCGUGCAGUGAACGCACGGAGACGGUGCUCGAAGGAGAGACGAUUUCGUGCUUUGUAGUGGGUGGAGAGAAGCGACUCUGUCUGCCCCAGGUGCUCAAUUCGGUGCUCCGCGACUUCUCUUUACCGCAGAUCAACCACGAAUGCGAUCAACUGCAAAUCUAUUGUUCGCGGUGCACCCCCGAGCAACUCACAGUGCUCAAAAACGGUGGUAUUUUACCGAGCGCCGCCGCCAGCUCAGGUCUCAUCACCAAGACGGACGCUGAGCGUUUAUGUAGCGCCCUUCUGCACGGCCACGAGGUGACGCAGAUUAGGCCACGGAAGGGCUUGGUGUCGUUUGCGGUCUACCACAAGUGCUUCGGCAAAUGCAUCGGCUCGUGUUUUCCAGAGUUGUACACAGGGAAGAACGCCAAGUGUAUCGAGUGUACGGAAUGCAGGGGUGGUUUCUCGCCACAACAGUUUGUCUGUCAUGUGCAUAAACAUUUUUCGGAGAAUCGGACAGUGCAUUGGGGGUUUGACUCGGCAAACUGGAGGGUGUAUUUGAGAGUGGCCAAGGAUCAGCCAGAUAAAGAGCAGUGUGACAAAUAUCUGGACGAGAUGAAGGAGCAGUAUGACGGGAAGAUACCAUUUCCCAAUGUUUAUGCGGGGAUUAAAAGGAAACAGGUUCUCGCUUCGGACAUUAUAAAAGAACACGAAUUGCCCCUGAAGAAACAAAAACUCCUCGGCGAGUACCUGAGCCCUUUGCAAUCGUACAGUUUAUACGCCUCUCUGGACGCCAUGUAUUUGAACCAAUGCAUCCAGGAAUUCCAAGCUGCCAAUCGUCACCUGUCGGCCUUCAAACCGGUCAACCAUCACAAAGAACCAAAAGUUUACAGUCAUCUUAUGGGAAUGAAUCGGUAUAACAGCGACACUCCAGUGUUGCAGAAUCCCGAAAGGGUAGUUCUUAUGUCCGAAUCGGAGCGAUUUGAAAGAACUUUCCAACCAAAUGUCGCUCUGGCACCCACAACUCCCAAGAAACACCGGUAUGGAAAAGGUUUCAUCAAAGAAGAGUUCGAAGUGAAGAAAGAAGAAGUGACGAAUAACAACAGUACGGAAGUUAUAGUUAAGCAAGAGGUUGAGGAAAAGACUCCCGAAGCGACGAAAGUCGUUUCAGUGGUACAAACUACAGGGACAUUGCCUAGGUAUAAUUCCGAAAUCGAAUUGUCCACCGAUACUGAAGACAGUGCUUCGGAAAUUUCGGAAAAGUCAAGCGAUUUGGGGAAAAUCGAAGAAUUGUUGAAAGGAUGUGAGGCCCGAGAUCGGGUCAUCGAUGUGUUUAAAGGACUUUUGAAAGAGAACGAAAGGUGGAUGAAGGAGUGUCGCACGAAGGACGAAAGAAUUAGGGAGUUGGAGGACAAAGUGGAGGAGUUGGAACGUCGAUGCGUACCGGAGACGAUCGAAGAGACAAAAGUGAUAUGUAACGGGGAAAUUAGAGACGAUGAAAAUAACAGUUCUUCCAUAAUCAAAACGAACGACAAUUGUGAAAUCGAAGGACAAAAAACAAGUGUUAUUGCAAGUUUGGAAAGUGCUGUCGCAGAACCGAAAGCAAUAGUAAACACUGCUCCCGAAUGAUCUGUAAUUGUGUUGUGCCGUCGAUGAACGGUCGUCAAUUUUUUCUUUGUGUCUUAUUUAAUUGGUAAUCGAAGCAAUCCGGAAGAAUAGGAGAGUGGCGAGAAGCUCCAAGAGUUUUCGCUCUCCGCAAAUUCCGAUUUGUAUAUAGAAGGAGGGUGAUCCUCUGUCGUACUACUAGGCCAGUCAAAUCUGACGAAAAUUUGAAUUUAAAGCGAACUAAUUUCGAGAAAAACAAGUCAGGUGCAGGAAAAAGUUCGUGUAUUACAAAAGACAUAAAAGACCUUUCAAAUUUAAGAACACUAAACUUCAUAGCAAAGAAUUAAAAUAUGUUCAAAGAAAACGUGAAUGUGGUGUCGAAGUCGACUUUAAGAGACCAACUUUUUGGAGUCUUUGAGCUAAAUUGUUCUACAAUUUUAUUUUGUCAAAUUUGAACGACGUGACAUUUACGGAACAUGGUAAAUUGUUUUCAUGUACAUGAAUCCAUUCAUCACAUCUUAAUGUCUACUUCAAAUUACCAUAUACGUCCAAGAUUGAAAAGCAAUUAUGAAAAUUAUCAAAUAUUUGAUUUUUUGUGGGUAAUUUGUGGUAUUUCUACCAUCACUCUCAACGAAUUAAUUUUUUUCGAAACUUUUCUUUAAAUUAGUUCGUUUUAAAAUACUCAAAUGAUUGGUCUAUACCGUUAGUCAUAGGUUUACUGUAAUAAAAUGCACUAGAGAUUUUUAUUUUUAAUUCGCUUUGUAAAAAAUGCGUGUAUAAUUUGUAUGUUUACAAAGAAACAAACAAAAAAAACGAGGAUGAGUUGUUUGUUUUUUCUUUUUUUUUAACAUCUCAAAAUUGUUCUUGUUAUGAUUGUUUUUAAUUUAUAUUUGUGAAACUGUUACAAAGAUAAUAUUUUUUAUCAAUUACGAAGAAAAGUACAAACUAGAAUGGUGCUUUGGAAGCAUCUGUUAUUAUAAUCUUAAAAAGAUAUACUUUUAAAAAUAAAUAUGUGUGAAUGUUGGGGUUGAGAGAUGUGUCGGAUUGCAGGUCUGGUCUCGACCAAAUUUUUCCGAUUUAUCUCAGGAAUUUUUCGCAAUCAAAUUUUGUACAUAUUUUAAAAUGCGCGGGACGCAUAUCAAAAAUUUAUUGAUCGGAUGUGCAAUUUCGGCAAUUUUUCACCCUUAUUACGGAUGAUUGCGUAUAAAUGCCAUACAAUAAAAUUUUAUCUGUACAAUAUAUUUAAAUUAUUUUAUUUCUAAGUUUGUUCUUAAUUUUUUGCAUGAACUUUUUUGUUAAAUUUAUAAAUUUAAUUUUAUAAUUAUAGAUAUUUUUUAUAUUUUCUUUUGUUGAAAACAAUAUGUGAUACAUUUUAUUGAAUUUUUAUGAAUAUAAACGUUUUGCAGUAUUCUGAAGAUUUUAAACACCACGUAUUUUUAAAUCGUUAUUUUGGCAGCUUUUUGGCUAGUUGUUAAAGUCUUCUCUUGAAAAGAAAACAAUCGUACUCUAAAUUGUUCCUAAAAAUUUAUCAAAACAAUUUUAAGCGCAACUACUGCCGAAAUUUUCAAUUUUUAGCAAUAUUGUGUUCGUUUGGAAGUUUCCUGGAGAAUUUACGAAAAUUGUUGAAUUUGUUAUUAUAUAUUUUGUGAUCUCAAAAUAUGUAAGAAUGCAGUUGAGUUAAUAUUGAAUAAGAUUGAUAAGCUUGUGUGUUAUAUAGGUAUAUAUCGAUCAACACAAAUUAUUUCAUAAAUAUCUAUAUUUCUGAAUUUAUGUGUCAAACAACAAUAAAUGCAUUAAUU